AUGGAGCGCAAGCUGGACCUGUCCAGGCUGACGGACGAGGAGGCCAAGCAUGUGUGGGACGUCAUCCAGCGAGACUUCAACCUGCGCAAGAAGGAGGAGGAGAGGCUCGGCCAGCUGAAGAACAGGAUCGAGAAAGAAGACACGAAGCGAGAGCUGCUGGGCUCGCAGAGCAACCUCACCGCCUCGCACUGCAUCCGCUGCCUGCAGCCCUUCAAGUUCCUGGUGAACAGCAAGCGCCAGUGUCUGGACUGCCAGAUGUACAUAUGCAAGGCCUGCAGCCGCUACAACAAGAAGGAGCACGGCUGGGUGUGCGACAACUGCCGCAUGACCAGGGUCCUGAAGGUCGGCACCGUGGGAUGGUACCACGACAACGUCCGCAACCGCUUCAAGCGCUUCGGCAGCGCCAAGGUCAUGAGGUCACUGUACAAGAGGCUGAACGGAGAGGGCGGCCGCGAUGAUGACACUCAGAGCAUGCCCGACGUCCACCACGUGUACAACGGCAGCGAGGACGACCCCGCGGAGGUUGAGGCCCAGCGGUACAAAGUGAUGCGCAAGAGCAAACGUCUCCUUUCCGUUCAUCCUCUUGACUUUGACCCGGAGGAUUGUUUCCCCAACUCCCGCCGGCAGUCCAUGCAGCAAAUGCAGGAGGAGCGAGGAGGAUUCAGGAACGACCUGGAGUUCCAGAACGACAUGUACCACCACCGGAGCAACCGCAGGAGGAGCCUGGACCGCUACGCCAUGCGGCCCGAUGACUUUGCUGAGCAGAGGAUGGUUCGGACUCGCUCUCUGUCCAAGAUCAGCUCGAUGGCUCGUCAUCAGUACGUCGACACGUCGGACGAGGAGGAGUACCAGCGCUUCGGAUCCAUGUACCAGCAGCCGUUCCGCCGCCGCAACAGCAGAGCCUCCUCGCAGGAGAACCUGGGCCAGGGCCCGCCUAUAAAUGAGCUGAACAAGCGCAUGUCAGCUAUUGAGAGUCUCCUGAACCGACUGGAGGAGAAGAUGACUGUUCCCGGUGACGAGACCGCGCCUCCGGCCAGCCAGAAGGACGAGGAGGAGGAGAAGCUGAGGAAGAAGCUGAGCGAGCUGGUAGGGAACAUCAGUGACAAGGGCGGCUCGUCAGACGAGGAGACCGGGAAGAAGCCCUUCUCCCUGGCCAAGGCCAGCGCUGCCAAGAGCAGCACCAUGCCCCCAGCACUGAAGGACCCUGAACUCAGCUCCUCCAGCGACGAGAUGCCCACCGAGGCCCAGAAGGUGUACAUGACAGCAGGGAAAUCCUAUGAGCUCGAGAGGAAGCUGAGGCAGAUGGAAAUGAACGCCAAGAACCGCUUCGGAGGGACAACGGACUCGGAGCUGUCGGAGCUGGAGGACGUGGUGGCCAUGACGGCUGCCCGGGUUCAAAACACCGAGAGUGAGGUUUCUGACAUAGAAACCAAGAUCGCUGCCCUCAGCACUGCAGUGCCCAAGAAGAAGGUUUCUGGAUCACAAAGAAAAAGGACAAUGCAAGACCACCCAGCAAAAACCAGCAACGGCGCGGGAUCCCAGUGGAAAUCAAAUAAUAUGUACUGAUCUGCAUCACAAGCUGCCCAUUCCUACCGCAACGAAAACCUCCUCGACUGUCUUAAGAAGAGCUGAGAAAUGACAACGCACC